UUCAUUUUAAAAUGGCGAUGUUUAUAAACAAUAAAAAAUGUGGAAAACCUGAAUAAUUACCACAAAAAAAAAGUAAUAACCAACAUAUCUAGAUCUAUAUUCAGGUAAAGAGAACAAUCAUAAUGUCCACCCGAGAAGUAGUAUCAAUUCAAAUAGGCAGUUACUCCAACUUCGUGGGAACACAUUGGUGGAAUCAACAGGAAUCCUCCUUUGUUUAUGACCCCAAACUGCUAGAGGAGCAUCCCAAGGAAGUCAAUCAUGAUGUUCUAUUUAGAGAGGGAAAAACAUUAAAAGGAGAUGUUACCUACACCCCACGUCUAGUUUUGUUUGACCUGAACAACAGCCUUGGCUCAUUGAAGCAAGAUGGCACACUCUAUGAUGUUAAUGUAGAAGAAAAUAUUCGGUGGGUAGGUGAUGUAACACUGCAUCAGACACCAAGAACAAGAAAAAAUCAGUAUCUGCAGGAUCUAGACAAAGAGUCAGAGACACUUGAACCCAGGGUUAAACAAUGGGAUGAUGAUUUUGAUGAAACUGAACUGUGCCAAGAUAGUUUACCUUUAAAGGCAGAGGAACAAGUGUUUGGCAAAAAUUACUAUGACCUUGAUAAUGAUGUGAAGGUGUGGUCUGACUACCUACGCAUGGGUUUGCAUCCACGCUCAAUUUUCUUGUUGAAGGGUCAUCAGUAUAAUAAUGCUGAAACCCCAUUUAACAUAUUUGGUUUGGGCCAGCAAAUCUGUAAAGAUGGGCAACAGUGGGACGAAAUAGAAGAUCGCCUGCGUUAUUUUACUGAAGAAUGUGACCAGUUGCAGGGUUUUCACAUUCUUAUGGACAGCCACAAUGCUUUUGCAGGACUUGCCUCUUCAGUAUUAUCAUAUUUAAUGGAGGAGUUUUCUAACAAAUCUAGAUUGAGUUUUUCCCUGACACCAACAACAGCACCAGAUCAGACACCUGCUGAAAGAUCAGCCAGACUAUUAAACAGUGCCCUUGGUCUAUAUCAUUGUUCUAAUUCUAGCUCUUUGUAUGUUCCUGUUUCACUUGCAUCAACGUUAUGGAAAAGUAUUGGCAAACCAAUUGAUUUCCCUCAUCUCACAUAUAAAGCUCAACUAGACUAUCACACCAGUUCUGUUAUAGCUGCUAAUUUAGACACUGUAACUAUGCCAUAUAGAACAGAAGCAGACUUUGGCAGAAUGAAUGACAUAACAGAUUCCCUUAAUUCAAUGGGUAGAAAGGUGGCAGCGUUGUAUACAACAUUACCUUUUCCUGUGAGAACUGGGACUUCUUUAAUUGAAACGUUGACGAACCUGACUGACACAAGAUCAUUAACCCCACAUGUUGAUUGUUCAUCAACUCCAUGGAUCCAAAGUUGUGUUGUGCGGGGUGUUCCAUCAUUUGUUAUCAAAAGUGGAUCUCAUUCUCGCCCCACAAAGCAAAUGCCAACUCUUUCAAGUGUCAAUGAUAUAAUUCAGUUAUACCAUUCUGAAAUCUAUCCCUCAACUCUUAGUGCCAGCUGUGUGUUGCUUGAUGGCCUGAAAGUUGGAACUCCAUUUCCACAUAUUUUUCAAUCUGAGAUCAAUUAUCAAGGUUUCCUUACAGAUACUAAAAGACCUUUAUUAAGUGGUGUGGAAACUGUACCUGUUAUGGCAACAUUACAGUCCAACCCUGAGGUGUUCAAAUAUAUAGACUCGUUAGAGGGAUGUAUUUCCAAAUUUAACAUAGCUCGCCAUCCACAUUUCAUUGAAGCUGGUCUUGAGCCUGAUGACUUUACAGAGGCCAUACACAGUCUCAAAGAUCUUGCACUGUGCUAUCAAGAUCACGCAGAUUUGUAAUUAUUUUCAUGUACAAGUACAAGCCUAACAAACUGUGAUUACAAGGCUAUCACAUCAUGUGAUUAAAAGACAAUUAAAUCAUAUUACUGUUAACACUUGAAUGACUAUUUAGUUUUAAGUUUGCAAGUAAAAGUUGUAAAAUAUUUGUACAAACAAUAAACAUUUAUACAGCCUUGCAUUAGUUU